AUGGCUCCCGUCACCGUUUUACGCUUUCGGAAUUUGACUCCCGAGCAGCAGCAGCUCGUCUACUUGAAGCUGGACCUCCGGGACAAGCGCAAAUUACGAACCGUAGCUAAGAUAAUUUCCGGACGCAACGGCGUGAGUCGCAGCGCCGGUGCAUGGGGAGAAGCCCUCGAAAUCGAGCUCAUCGCGCAUGGCUACGACUUGGAGUUGUGCGAUCUGGAGGAAGACGGAAUCCAGCUCUCGAAUCGAACGGACUACGCCAGACUACGAUCGAAGGCGGCACAGAUCGAUUUCCUAAACCGUCUCACCUUGACUCUGCCGCCACAAUACAUCACCUUUAACUAUCAAGGCUGGGAACUUCCAGGCGGCGGCCCACUUCGCGCCGGGCUGAACAUCUUGCGAUGGCCGCUGAAAAUCCUCCACUUCUGCGAGUCGGCGACAAAGAUCACUGUCCUGCUGCGUGAGGAAAAGUUAUUGGCCAGGCAACCGCAUACCAUAGACCUGCGAUUCUCCGAGGGACACACGAUCGAGCCCCGCCUACAGGCCUACCACGUCUUCUUCGAGCAAAUUGCCCACGUGCCCCGGAUUCUAAUCGAACAUCGCUACGAUAAAUUUGAGCACUGGCCGGCAACAGCAAUGGAAGUGUUGAUGAGCCUGCUAGAGGCGGCAUUGGUGGUGCCCGACUUCGCCGUUGCACCGCAACGCCUGGUCGAUUUUCUGACGCGUGAGGUCAACGGCCUGACGCGAGAUGCGCAGUUUACGAUCCAUCGAUCGGUACAUUCCUGGCGUGCCGUCGCGCUGAUCGUGGAGCUGGCCCAGAAUUACGGAAGUCGCGCCGAGCAUCUGCGGGCCGAGCGCGCCCAUCUGGCGGCCACCACCAACCCACUCAACUACGAGAUGAUAAAAAUUUGGCCAGUUCUACCGGCCGUCGUGCAU